UAAUUCUAUUCCGUGGCCCUAUUCAAUAUUACAGGUUCCUGUUCAAUAACUCCAUUCCGCGCACAUGUUCAAUAAGCGAUGGCCCUGUUCAAUUGCUCCGCUCCGUGUUUUGCGCGCGCUCCCCCUCCUUUCUACUGAACUCCAGCCCCUCGCGCUCUCUCUAUCAGCCUCUCACUCAGUCUCAAUAUGUCUCAAGAUGGCGGCCAAUGCGGGAUCGAUGUUUCAAUAUUGGAAGCGCUUAGAUUUACAGCAGCUGCAGAGAGAACUGAAUACCACAGCCACAGCCCUGGCCAACAGACAAGAUGAGAGCGAGCAGUCCAGGAAAAAGCUCAUUGACCAGAGCCGCGAGUUCAAGAAAAACACACCAGAGGAUCUGCGAAAGCAGGUAGCUCCAUUGCUAAAGGGCUUCCAAGCAGAGAUCGACGCAGUGAGUAAAAGAAGUAAGGAGUCAGAGGCUGCCUUCCUAAACGUGUACAAGAGAUUCAUCGAUGUCCCAGACCCUGUGUCGGCCCUGGAGACUGCCCAGCAGCUACAGCUGAAGGUCCAGAGGAUGCACGACAUCGAGACGGAGAACCAGAAGCUCCGCGAGACGCUGGAGGGCUACACCCAGGAGAUCGCUGAGGUCAAGAACCACGAGGUCACAAUUAAAGCACUUAAGGAGAAGAUAGAGGAGUAUGAAGAGACCCUGAAGAAACAGGCCAAGGAGCUGGGCCAGGAGGAGAGGAGAGAGGGAGAGGAGGAGGGGCAGCUUCACAACGACCAUGCAGAGGAGGAGAGUCAACAACAGGAGAACCAGGAGUCUGUGGUGUCAAAGCUGGAGGAGGCAAACCGUAAGGCCCAGUCCCUACAGACAGCACUUGAAGCAACUCAGGCAGAGCUUUUGGAACUGAAGAGCAAGUAUGACGAAGAGUCGACACCAAAGGCCGAUGAGAUUGAAGUGGUGAUGUCAGACCUGAAGAGAGCCGAUCAGAGAGCUAAGGUAGCGGAGAGAGAAGCAGAGGCUCUUCGGGAACAGCUGUCGUCCGCCAACAAGUCCCUCCAGCUUGCCACACAGAUCCAAAAGGCCCCUGACAUGGAGCAGGCCCUGGAGGUUCUGUCGCGCUCCAGUCUGGAGGUGGAGCUUAGCGCCAAGGAGCGGGAGGUGCUGCAGCUGGCCGAGGACGUGCAGAAACUGCAGGCUAGCUUGGCCAACAUCCGGGAGAAUUCUGCCUCGCAGAUAAGCCAGCUGGAGCAGCAGCUCAGCACCAAGGAGAGCUUACUCAAGCAACUGGAGGAGAAACUGCGAGAGCAGGCAGACUACGAAGCCAUCAAGAAAGAACUCAGUAUCCGAAAGUCAAUGGAGUUUGGCUCUUCAAACUUCUCCUCAGCACAGGACUCUAAGAAGCCUCUGGAGUUGUUGUUGAAGAGUCGAGGCCUGCAGUCUGAGAGCUCCUCCCUGCGCCUAAACAACAGUGAGUUGAGUGGUGUGAGGGAGCGAAAGGUCAAAGACUCAUCAGAGGGUCAACAGCGUCUUCCUGCCACGCCCAUGGGCACCAACUUGCAGGGCUCCCCUCCCCCUCCCUCCUCUCAACUCCUCCUGCGCACUGGCUCAGGUGGUUCCUCCGACACCACCCCUGUCACCACCGCCAAUGGCACGCACCACUUCUCGCCCACGGGCAGCGGGCUGGGCGGGCAGGACUUCUUCAGCCCCUGCUCGCUGGCGUCGGCAGGCACCGCUUUCCCCCUGGCGGGCAAAGUGUCGCUCAGUUCCCUGCUGCAGCGCCAGCUCAUGCAGACCUUCUACUCCAAAGCCCUUCAGGACUCAGUGUCUGGCCAGGCCCUGCUCUUCUCCCCCACCCACUACCCAACCCCUAACUCCCUCUCAGCCAGCCCUCUGCCACCCCAUCAGUCUUUUCAGUCGCAAUCCCAGCACCCGUCGGCGGGCAGCCCAGACGUUAAUGGCCUAGCCCCCUCGCCCAGCCAGUCAGAGGGUGCAGGGAGUGUCUCGGAAGGUGAGGACAUGGACACGUCUGAGAUAGCGCGUCAGGUCAAGGAGCAGCUGAUCAAGCACAACAUUGGGCAGAGGAUCUUCGGCCACUACGUGCUGGGGUUGUCCCAGGGCUCGGUCAGUGAGAUACUGGCUAGGCCCAAGCCCUGGAGCAAGCUGACCAUCAGGGGCAAGGAGCCCUUCCACAAGAUGAGGCAGUUCCUAUCUGACGAGCAGAACAUCUUGGCACUGCGCAGCAUCCAGGGGAGGCAGAGAGAGAACCCAGGCCAGAACCUGAACAGAGUGUUUCAGGAGGUUCCGAAGCGAAGAACCGGCUCCGAAGGCUCCUCGAGGGCAGGUAACAUCACCACGCGGAUCCGUACUCCGGAGACUGGGUCAGACGAGGCCAUCAAGUCCAUCCUGGAGCAGGCCAAGAGAGAGCUGCAGGUCCAGAAGGCUGAUGGUGUGAACAACAGACAGCGACGACAGACAGGUUACCCCCGAGGCAUGGGCAACUAUUUCGCAAAAUAUGCACAAAGUCUCAGACUCGUCUCUCUCCCUGCAAUGGACUCGUCUCAGACCCCUCCCUCGUCCAGCAUUGGUGGUGGUGGUGGUACUAUCGGCUCAGGUGGAUCCUCCAGCUCAGACGAGACCAUCCGCUCCAUCCUAGAGCAGGCAAGGAGGGAGAUGGAGGCCCAGCAGGCCGCCCUGGAGCCCAUCCUCAAGCCCUCCUCCAUGGGCCCCUCUGACCUGGCCCUGCUCUCUCCCAAACACCUGGGCGCUUCCACUCUCCCGGCCUCCUACUCACCCCUGGCCCUGUCCCUCAAGAAGCCCUCCAUCCCCCCAUCCUCCUCGCCCUCCUCCCUCCUGGACUUCCACUCUGCCAUGGUGAAGGAGGCAGGAGAGGUGGUGGUGGGAGAAGGCGGGGUAGGAGGAGGGUCUCUAAUGGACGGAGGGACCAAGCAGGGGCGGGGCUCCUGGAGGGACCAAUGGUGGAAUAGUAUGCACCCCGGGGGGCGGGGAGUCAUGUCUAGCAUGAACGACGACGCGCGAAGUCAGGAGGACAGCAAGGAGAAGCCUCCCCGGCUGGCCAGCUCGUCCUCGGCGCUGGCCGCCUUCUCCUCCUCCGUCUCCAUCUCCUCCCCGGACUGCUGGAAGGACUGGCCCCGGGCCGAGUCCCCAUACUCCCAGGCCGGCUCCGAGCCCGGCGGAGGCACCAACACCCAGGGGCCCAGCCGCGCCGACACCCCCCAGAGCAGCCCCUCUCCCCUGCCCCUGUCCUUGAGCCUGGGUCCCCUGGGUUCCCUGUUGACCUCCGCAGCCAAACCAGUCAAGCCGGUGGUGGCGCCGCUCACGCCUGAGCAGUACGAGGUCUACAUGUACCAGGAGGUGGACACGGCCGAGCUCACGCAGCAGGUCAAGGACAAGCUGGCCAAGAACGGCAUCUGCCAGCGCAUCUUUGGAGAGAAGGUGCUGGGCCUGUCUCAGGGUAGUGUUAGCGACAUGCUGUCCAGGCCCAAGCCCUGGAGUAAGCUGACCCAGAAGGGCCGGGAGCCCUUUAUCCGUAUGCAGCUGUGGCUCAAUGGAGAGCUGGGCCAGAACGUCCUGCCCUUACAGGGCCAGCCACAAGAGAACACCCCAAAGACCUCAGCCAGCUGCAGCCCAGCACCGGAGUCACCCCUCAGCUCAGCCGAGGAGUCAGUGAAGAGCUUGGGGGAGCAGGUGGGAGGAGAGGGAUGUGGGGCUGGAGGAGGGUUGUCCCAGUUCCCCCCCAGAGAGCCCAGUGAGCCCUCUGAGUCCCAGCCCGGCACACCGCUGCCCGUCCCCGGUCACUCAGGUCUCAGCAUCCAGGAGAUGGUGGCCAUGUCCCCGGAGCUGGACACCUACGUCAUCACCAAGAAGGUCAAGGAGGUGCUGACUGAUAACAACCUCGGUCAGCGUCUGUUUGGGGAGACCAUCUUGGGUCUGACCCAGGGCUCAGUGUCUGACCUGCUGGCGAGGCCCAAGCCCUGGCACAAGCUCAGUCUGAAGGGACGUGAGCCCUUCGUUCGCAUGCAGCUCUGGCUUCAGGAUCCACGCAACGUGGAGAAACUCAUGGACAUGAAACGCAUGGAGAAGAAAGCCUACAUGAAGCGGCGCCACAGCUCGGUGAGCGAGAGCCAGACUGCGGACAGUGGGGGCUUGUCGGGGGGAGACUUCAGCCAGGGGGGCAGCCCCCAGCACGGCCUCGGCCACCACCUGCACCAGCAACAGCCCCCCCAGCAGCACCUGAAGAAGGCUCGUGUGGUGCUGGCCCCCGAGGAGAAGGAGGCCCUGAAGAGGGCCUAUCAGCAGAAGCCCUACCCCUCGCCCAAGACCAUCGAGGAGCUGGCGUCACAGCUUAACCUCAAGACCAGCACCGUCAUCAACUGGUUCCACAACUAUAGGUCUCGUAUCCGACGGGAGCUGUUCAUUGAGGAAAUCCAGCGAGGUGAGGGCGGUGAGGGUGUCUCCCCGUCCACCGGAGCGGGCAAGGCCAGCGAGGGUGACAGCUGCGACGGCACCGAGUCGGACGGCACGGUGGAGGGCACACGCCCCGGCCACGAGCACCACCCAGCCUCGGAGGGCGAGUGGGGGUCCGACCACAGGGACGAGGGAACCACCUUGGCCACUGGCAGCACCGCCGCCGGUACCAGCGGCCACCACAAGGGCGGUGCCCUGAACAGCCUGUUCAGCUUCCCCGAGAUCAGCCAUGUUUCCUCUGUGUCCGUGGCUGCUACCGCCGCUGCCCACAACCCCCGCGACAACAACCUGCGCAAGAAAAAAGCCGCCAACCUCAAUAAUAUCAUCCACCGUCUGGAGAAGGCCGCAAGUAAAGACGAGCCCCAUGAGUGGGAGUUCUAAUACGGUCCCCCCUGCUCACGCUACCGGCGAAAGUUCCUAUUUUUCUAGAGCCCUAACUGCACAGUCCCAAGGCCAAGCCUGGAGCAGUACUGCCAGAGAAGAACUGGUGUCUUUUACGAGUUUUCAUAUCAAAGAGGGUUUAGAGAUUUUUUGGAGACGCGAAACGACAGCAACAACCUGGUUUUGUUUGUAGAUAAAGCACUUAACAGCCCUGCUGGCCACAGGGCCCUAACACCACCGGCCAAAGGUGCGAAAGAGACAAAAAACUUGUGCUACUCACAAAGGAGCUUCACUCCACAGGACGAAACUGUCACGAGAAGCAAUUCUUUGUUUUAUUUGUGUGUGUGUGUGUGUGUUUCCCUUUGAAGAAUUUAUUCGCCACCUCAGUUUUUCUAACCUUUUUCGCGCAGUGAAUUCUCACAACAUCUAGCGGACUAAAUGUUACAAUGUUUUCUCUUUUCUCUGUUUUCUAAGAGGUUCCUCCUAGUAACUCCAUUGCAGCUGUUUGGUAUCUGUAAGGAUCGUUAAACGGAAAGCCAAGCAUUUAAAACAUUUGUGUCUGCAGGAGAGAAGGACCAUGAAGUGAUCCUUUCCCAAGCAACCUUCUUCUCUGUGCCCCAAAAGUUGCCAUGUAAUGGCUUUGGAACUCUUAAUAUGCUAUGGACUCAAUUGAGAAAGGAAUCAACAUUUUUAUAUAAUUAUUUUUCUCCUCUGAGAAAGAAAAAAAAGUAUUUAGCAAUUUGGUUGCCACUAAGAGAUUGCACAGUCGGUCGACUCUAAACAAUGCUAGUUUCGAUUCCUAAAUACUUGGGAAGGAUAAAAUGAUAAGUGAACAUACGAUUUAUCAGUUGUUGAAGGGAAUGAUGAAAAAAGAUUCACUUUAAUUCACAAUUUUUCAACGUACAACAUAAAAUGCAACAGGAAAAAGGAAAAAUCUGAAAACAUCUUGUGGUAGCUGACUUUUAGUGUUUUUUCUCGUGAGUGAUCUAGAAACUCUUUGAUAAGUAGUGCACAUUUCUUUCAUAGCUUUAACUGACUUUCGGGGACGCCAUUUUGGUGGCACCGGGAGCGUUUGUUUAAUACACUCAAUUUUAGGCCAAAAUCAGGUUUGAGAAUGAAGAAAACAAACAAAAAAAAGAAUUACAUGUAUAAACGUUAAUGGAGAAAAAAAAUAUUUCAGUCUAGAUAUUUUUUAAAACAAAAAGUUACGAACCUGCUUUUUAACCACAAAAUCCACACUAUUGCGACCUCAGAACCAGGGCGGGCAGUGGAGCCGAUGGCCGCUGUACUUCACAGGCUGGCCCUAGGAUGGGGAGGCUUGCGUUUCAAUGGGUGAAAAAGCCAGGAGAUGCACAGCUCACUUUACUGUAUAUUCCAAGCUUCAGGCUCUUUUGCUCUCAACUCUUUACCUAUGGUUGUAUGUAUAUAUGUACAUUGUCAAAACAAAAGACAGAAAAAGAAAGACAAGAAACCCCCGUUCCUGUUGCAUAUGGUGCGCUGAGUCGGUGGAAGAGAUUGACUCUCCUCUGCUAGUGUGUUCCCAUACCGACGAGCUACAGGACUGAUCUAGUCAUGGUCGACCUGUCAUACGUCCCUCCUUUAAACCCCUCUGAGAAAUAUACUCCACAGUCUGUCAUAUUGGUUUGCUCAGAGGUCAAGAGGUCAAAUGUACCAGUACUUAGUAGAGAUAUUUUGAGGUACAUUUUUACUUAUAACCAAUACCAAAAGUUCUAUCCAAAGUACUGUUGAUGUGACAUCCCCCAUCCAAUUUGGUCGUCUCUGUUUCAAAGUCGAGCUGAUUCUUCCACCAGUCUUAAUGCGCUCUCUUCCUUAUAUGAACAGUUUUAUGAUCAAUUCAGGACUGUUAUGUAGCAUCUCCAUUCUCCACUGGUCUCAACAAGUCCUCUUACCUUCAGCUGAAACUCUUGGCUUGCCUCGUGAAUAUAUCUCAGAGGUUAAGAUCACUUGACACGGGUCAAUGGAAGAAACAAAGACAUUCAUUUUAUACUCAACCCUCAACCCAUCCUCCCUCUCCCAGACAUGGUAGAACAGUAGAAACCCCCUCGCACACAUCGAUCACAACCUUCUCCCUCCUCUUCCGUUCCUCCUAUGCCACAUGCUCACAGUGCCUGCCCGCCCACUGCCUCUCCCUCUGUGUUUGAGUGUGUGAGAGCACACGUACGUGUACACAAGUAGACGUGCGCUUGUGUGAUGUUGUAUGCACGUACUGUAGGAAAGGGGUGUAAGGGUGUGAGGGAGGACUAGCUGCCCUGCUCUGCCAUUCACACCCCUAAGUGUGUAUGGCUCUGUGCGUGUUUUAUACGUCUUUGAUUUGUACAUGCCUGCACACAUAGAGUGCACAACUGCCACCCUUUCUUUCUUCUAAGCUGUUUUCCAAGUUAUCGCUUACGGCAUAGCAGACUCACAAAUACAGUAGGUCUCCUUUAUUGCCAUAUAUUAACGACUCACAGUAGAUCACUUCAACAAAGUUUUUUUUGUUAAAACAUUUUUGUUCUACUUAUUUAUAGGGGCUGUAUUUUACAUUUUAAUGUCUUAUUUGAUUUUUGUUUUACAUUAUUAUUAUUGUUAUUAUCGUGUGGGGUCAAGGGGUCAUGUAAAAAAAAAAAAAAACGUUUUUAGACUGAUAGACUGCCGGCAGUAUUGGGUUAUACGUACGAGAUGUAGUUGUCAUACAUGUAUAUUAGUGAAAUUUGAAUAUGUUUUGACAGUGUCAUUUAUAUGGUUUGAACUCAAUUGAGAGAUCAACCCGAUGAUGUCAUCGAUAGCAUUAUGGUGCAUUCACCUUUCGUGAUGUGUCUAUGCAGUUUUCUUUUCUUCUUUUUAACUUGUAUGUAUUUUCCAUGAAGAUAGAUCACCUCAGCAAGCAUAAUUGAAAUCAGGUUGACUCAUUCUAUUUUGUACAUUUUCCGUGAAUCACUGAACCCAGCACAGGACAGAAGUUGUGGUGGGGGUCGAGAACCAAUAGCAUCUGAAUGUCUGGAACUGCUGUCAUUUGGCAUCACCUCUGAAUCUGGCAUUUUAUUUUUGAAAUGUUCCAGCUUUAUUUGGGAUGAAUAAACUGAGGUACUGAUAGGAUCGCUAUAUAUGGGCUUAGAUCUAGCAAGAGAGUGUGACUGGCAUUUUCUGUUUAUUGGACCGGGAGGUUUCCUGUCUCUACAAACUAACCAACAUGUGGCUCUGCACAAGGCUAGGGAUCAGAAAACUGGAGUGAACUAUAAACUGUGAUGCACUUGCUGAAAUCUAAAACGUUUGUGAAGCUCUUAGUACUACGUACACAGACUAUUCAGAAGAUGUUUAUUUCCGCAGUUAUUAUUUGCUAAAUAUAGGUUUAGUUCCUUAAAACAAAAACUUAUCAAAUGACAUUUUUAUACAUAACAAUAACACAAACAGGUGUGUAAAGCACAAGCACUACUGACCAACAACCUCUUAAAAAGGGCGGAAGGGGGCCUCCCGGGUGGCGCAGUGGUCUAGGGCACUGCAUCGCAGUGCUAACUGCGCCACCAGAGUCUCUGGGUUCGCGCCCAGGCUCUGUCGCAGCCGGCCGCGACCGGGAGGUCCGUGGGGCGACGCACAAUUGGCAUAGCGUCGUCCGGGGUAGGGAGGGUUUGGCCGGUAGGGAUAUCCUUGUCUCAUCGCGCUCCAGCGACUCCUGUGGCGGGCCGGGCGCAGUGCGCGCCAGCCAAGGGGGCCAGGUACACGGUGUUUCCUCCGACACAUUGGUGCGGCUGGCUUCCGGGUUGGAGGCGCGCUGUGUUAAGAAGCAGAAUGGCUGGUUGGGUUGUGCUUCGGAGGACGCAUGGCUUUCGACCUUCGUCUCUCCCGAGCCCGUACGGGAGUUGUAGCGAUGAGACAAGGUAGUAAUUACUAGCUAUUGGAUACCACGAAAAUUGGGGAGAAAAAUGGGAUAAAAAAAAAAAAAAAAAAAAAAAGGGCAGAAAGCAAUUAAACUGUCACAAUUUACCUUAAAAGUUGAAUAGCAUGCUGUUAAAAAUGUUCUAUCCUAUUCUGACUUUACAGUAAGCUUACUCUUUAAAGACAUCACAUAUCAACAAAGAAAGAGAUUAUUGUCAACUUUUCAAAUUGUGCACAUUUAGAGCACAAUACAUUGGACUUAAUAUAUGGCUGUCUGAUCCUUGCGUCAUAACCUGGCUCUAUAGAGUGGGUCCUGAAUGCCUACUGCUCAGCUGCCCCUCCUACAGCAAAGCUGGUGGUGAUUAGAUCACCUCUGGAGGGCAGUGAAGUUAGCACACUGUUCAGAAGCCCUGCGUCCUGGCUGGUUCCAAACUACGCUCCCUCAAGUGCCACACUGCCAGUCUGGCCAAUCACAGCAGUCCCUAUCAGUUGGUCGCACUUUUCAACUGAACUUCGAAUUAAAGCACAAGUACUGCGACAAGUUUAAAAUAAUUGUCUUUCCAUUUAAUGGCUGCAAGUAAAGCUUAAAUUGAUCAUACCCAAAAACAUUACCUUUCAAAAAGGAGUUUAUGUUUUAGCACUAUUAAAGAGACAUCUUAGCUUAGCACUUACCGUCUGCGAGUCUUUUCCUCCGGACUAUUUUAAGUUCAUAGGAGUGUCUUUGCCUUAAAGUGACCAAAGUGUUGAUAUUGUUUUAAGGAUUGCUCAUAAGUUAAUGCAGUAAGCUGGCCCAGUCUCUUAGUCUGAAGUCUUGCGCCCAUCCCAUCGUCAUUCUCAUGAGACUUUUCAUCACUGAUCUCCAAGUCUUGUGCAGGCACCACAUGGAAACAAGCAAUAAUUUUGAUUUGUCUCCCACAUGCUGUGUCCUCAACACAGCUGUUGAUGUCUGUAGCAAAGUUGUUUUGUCUGGAAAUGCUCCACUGCUGUUGAAUAAAAGGGGUCCAGUUCUGUGACUGUCUUCAGUCCUGGGCUGGCUCCUCCAGAGGUGAUGCCAAUACAGACUUUUAGGCCACAGAUCUGUAGGAGGUACACAUUCAAAAGUCCAUAUGCAGAUAGUCGGUAUGGCCCUCAUUAACAAUGAUGCAGGCUUGAGUGUCUGGUAGAGGCACUAGUGAAAGGGAUUUCAUCAACAGUAUGUGAGUCUCCCAGAGGGAUUUCAGUUUGAUAUUAUUACUAACAUGUCAAGUUGUGCUAUCAUGAUGUCAACUGGUCCCAGCUAAUACCCUGUCAGUACAGGCGACAAUAGCGAUAGCUGACAGGCAGUGCUCUUUGACUUGGAGUUACAUUUCUGUGGAUUUGUUUUUAUUUUUCUAUUUCUCAUUUGAUGCUAAUGCAAGAUUUGAACACGAGUUCUCUCACUUUUUCUCCCCAAAUCAUGUUCUGCUGUCAGCCAUUUUGGAACAUUGCAUGUAGUUUUGCCCUUUGGCACAGAGGGAAAGGUUUUUGAUCAUUAACUUGUAUUUGAUUUUAUCCCUAUUAAUUCAUAGAUCAAUGUGUUUUGGAUUAUUUUUUUAUCGUAAUCAUUUAAAGGGGGGUUGUGCACUCUGAGCUAAUGGAAGUCAUUCUGGUUGUAGUAGAAACCAAAGUGGUGGAAUUAGUUUUUAACUUUUCCCGAUUUUCAAACCGUCUGAACGUCAUUGCUUCUUGUUAACGUGUACCACACCUCUUUUUCCUCACGCUAUAGGUUAGGUUCACAUGACAUUGCUUUGUCAGACUCUCCUUCUUCAACAAGGGAUUGCACCCUUAGUAUUCAAGGACACAAUUCUCCUUGAGGCCACAGUCAUGGAAAUAAUGCUGACUAGAACGGCACAGAACAUAGACAAGGACAGAUAUCACACACCAAUACAUGAGCAAUACAAUUGAAAGAGGACCAAAUCAGGCUUGACUACCUUUCUGAGUUAUUGUCUAGCACAUGUUCAUAUAGACGUCAUAAAGAACAGGCAAUGUUUAUCAGUCGCAGUUAAUACAGUGUUUAUGUUGUAGUGUCCAAGAACUAGAGGUCGGUCCUCUUUUCUCUGCUCCUAUUCAUGUGUAUACUUCUGCAAUAGACAGGGAAAGGUUUUCUUAAAGUGUUGGUUAGAUUUGUAGACACAGAGUUGUCUGUAGCUUUCUGAAUGAACGGGUAAGAUUCUGAGUAUCAUGAAGAAUUAGGGGACUGGAUUUCACAGUGGAACCCUGGAGGAAGCACCCAAAGCUACACUGGUUUAUACAAAGGGCAUUUUGCAUGUGUUUGUUCAGUUUCUUUGUGCUACAGUUCCCUUCUGUGUUAUCAUGUUCUUUUUCUGUUAAGAAAAACAUAGGUUGUUACAUUGUUGCAGAAACCAUAUGAUGAUUUUGGAUAAAUUUCAGGAAUUUGCCCUUUGCAAAUAUUUUUCUAUAGAACUAAAGUAGAUUGCUAUCAAUAUUAUAUACACUGUCAUAUAAAGUUGUACAGAUAUAUAUCCUUAUAGCAAGUUGUUAAGAAUUACUAUGGGUUUGUUUUUUGUUAUUACUGUCAAAGUAUUGGUAGUUCUCUCUCUGUAGGGUUGAUGUGUCCAUAGCUUAGUUUUUUCCCCCAUGUCAGGACUACGAAAACCUCACACUGUAUGAUCGACUUCAAGGAUCGUUGCAUACGUAUUAGCGUUAGUCAGCGCUAAUCUCAUGGUGUUUGUGUAUCAUGGAUUCACAUUUCUCAUGACCCUCCAAUUAUUUCAUGACCUCAUGUUAUUUGUGAGACAAACGUUAACCCAGUAAACAUGAAGACCAAUGCCUUGAUUCUCAGUGAAGCAUACAUUACAGAACCAUGUCAUUGCACAUCACUAGCCCCAAUCUAUACUUGUUUUUAUUCAUAGUAUAUACACUCCUUAGGCUUUGUUAGAUUCUCCUUAUUCAAUGUCAACAGACACUGGUAGUGACAAAAGGUUUUUGACAAUGUUUGCUAAAAGUGUGAUGAAAUCUGGAAUUAUUUGCUUUUGAUUUGCCUUCCGUUUUAAGAUGAGAUUUGAUUUGAACAUUAAUGCAUUUAUUUUUUGCUCUCAUCUUUUUGCUUGUGUUAACUCUCAGAACUCAGCCAGGGACAGUAGUCUUGUGAUUGUGAGAAGAGUCAGAAGUCGCCAUGUUAAUAGAGUUGUGAUGCCAGUGACAUUGGAAAUGGAGACUAAAAUAGUGGUCAACAAUGGCGGCAUUAAUAAUGUCAUAUUCAAUCUGAAUUUGGAUUAUCUAAGUGUGGUCACACAUUACUUUAUGCAUUACUGAUUAACUGCUGAUUGACAUUUUGCAUCCAUCACUCAGUGGUGGUUGGCAUAUAAGUUACGAUGAAAAACUAAAUAAUAAAUGUUGACAUCGAUUAACGGUUGGUUGUGUUACAGUAGUUUUGGGCCUUUGUCGGCCAACUCCAAAUGGACAACUAAUUUUUUAGAGUGACAUCCAAUAUUGUGUUUUUUGGAAGCUGUGUUUUUAGAGCUUUAGUGAAGGAAGCAUGAUAGAACUACAUCACCCACAGUCCUUUGCUGCUACCUUGUUUGCUUUCUAUUCAUAUGAGAGGAUGUUGUGGUGGCGGAGUCACAUACUUGUAUAAGCUGAGUGUCUAUGGAGUCCCCUCCCUCAGUUCAGCUCAAUGUCUCCAUACUCACAUUGACAUGCUCCCAAGGCCUCAAUUGACUGUAUGAAUUUGUAACUGGACAAAUACCUGCUAAACUGCUGAAGUCAUCAAAUUUGUUUGUGUCCAGUUCACCUUUGUUUGGCCAUGUGCUAUAUCUAAGUCUAAGAUCGUUGUUUUCAUGUUGUCGUAUAAUCCGAUUCUCAUUGACUAAAGCCUUGUUCACAUUGGAAGUUGACUCAAAUCACAUUUUUUUGCAUAUCCGAUUCGAAUGUGGUCUUUUUCCUGCAGUCUCAACAGCCAAAAAGUACAUGGAAUCAAAUAUUUCAAUCCACAUUUCAAACCACCUUUGAAGUCUGAUACAAAUAUGAUUCCUGGCCAUGCAACUUGUGUCUGAACAGUCAAAUCUGAUUUAUUCGCCCUCAAAUGGUUUUUAAGACUGUUAUUUGGCAUUUCUUGUUGCUUGCUAGCUACUCUGUUUCCAGUUUGACAAGAACAUGUGGUAGCAAAAUAGCUUGUUCAUUGUUAGUGAAUGUGCUAGAAAGCUAAACAGCUACCUAGCUAAGUGACUAAAAGUUGGAUCAUCUUAUCCUUUAAGGCUUUAUAAGUGUUCUUACACAAUGAUUUUGAACAUUCAAAGCAACUUGAAGGUUGUCACCUUAGCUUGCUACAUUACUUCUGAGUGAUAGGCAGCAGGAGCACCGCCACCAAUCAGCCUACACCACGUUGCAUGCCCGUCAUUACUAGCGUAGCCAUGUCAGCAAAUGACUGCUGUCUGAAUACACAUUUCCAAUUUGGUCACUUGUAACUUGCUGUUUGGACAGUCAGUAUUCCAAAAUGGAUUUGAAAAACAAAACUGAUUUGAGCUUUAAGGCCUGCAGUCUGAACAAGGCUUAAUUGUGUUAAGAACAAAGCUAGCUAUACUCGCCAAUGGUUUUGGCUCCUCCCCUUUACUAUUACCCUACCAGGUUUAUAAGCAACCUUCCUUAGAGGUCUAUUUUUCAGCUGAUGAUUUUGAAACUAGGACACUACUUUUAUCAAGCAUGGAAAGAAGUCUGAGUGUAUGUGUUGGGUGUUGGAUGGUGUCAAUUUGGCCGACUCUCAACCUUCAAAGUGCCAGAGGUCUCCAAAUUUCUGCUGUUUGGUCAGGCAGCCAUCUCACUAUCAGUUUAUCUACUGCAAUGUCAAGUUGCUGUCUCAGUAGACUUUCAAUUCCGUGUAUAUACUAUCUGAUUACAUAUAGGUCACGUUGUUGGUCAAAUGUCAUUCAAUUACAGAACUUGAGAAUGCCUGUUUCAAUAGACACUGUAGAUUUUCUGAAAUAAUUGAGACUAACAUGUUUUAGUCUGUUUGUUUGCUUUUGCUUUGUAAAUGGGUGAAAGAAGAUCAAGAUUUUAUACCAAAUAUUGUUUGAUUCUUUUUCCACUGCUAAGGAGACCUUUCAGUACCUUGAAUGAAAGGUUUCUUGCUUAGCUCUUGUUUUGGCAAAUGUGAGUGUUAUAGGAGAUGUACAGAUAUCGCUUCCAUAGAAAUUGAUUUGUGCAAUUUAAUUUCUUAUGAAGGUUAUGUGAUUUGUUUUUUAAACCAAACUUCACAUUGAAGUUAGUUACCAUAAUGUUACAAAACAAAAAAAAUCCCUUCAACCAAAAAAAGUGUAAUUCUCAACAAAGAGUUGGUACUUCCAACUGAAGAGUUUCAGCGCAAUUCACUUUUCCUCCAACACUUCACUUAUGAAUUAUAGCUUGACGUGGGGCAAAACAUUUUGGCAUUCAUAUGACAUGGCGUGUGUGUGUGUGGAGUGUUGAGCGGCUCCUAUGCAGUUAAGGGAGGCAGUUUCCUUAUUCCUUUUAGUUUGUGUCCACUCUUUUUUUACUGACUGCUUUUGAAGUGAGGAACCCUCGCACCAUCUCUGCUGGUCUAAUUGUGUCUCUCAAAGCUCAGGUGGAAACUACUUUUAGCAGAGUCCUUGUGUCACUGUCACCGGCAAAAACAGUGCUCCCCCCUUCAUCUUCAGUCCAGAGAGAGGUGUAGUUAGUUUCUGUCGGCUGAUUUCUGUUUCUAUGAAGCGAUUCUAGGCCUCAUGAUCGGCAAUGAAAGGUUGACUCCACCUUCACAGGAAAAAAAUUAACUUCUUCCAGUUUCAGUUUGUUCUCUCGUUCGGUUCCUUUUUAUUUGGUCAUUUAAGUCAUGUAGUCUGUUCCCAGCACUGUAAGACAGUCCCUAUACAAUAUGGAGAAGCAAUAUCACUGUAUGAAACUCACAAUGUAUUAUUGUUAUUAUUAUUGUUAUUAUUAUUAUUAUUCACUAGCACCCUAGGUGUGAUAAUUGAAGUAAAUAUCUUUUAUACAAACACAAA